AUGGGAACCUUACGAUACUACAGCACAUUAAGAAACUUUAAUAAUAUCUUGGCUGUUAGCAAUCAAAAUCUUGGACUUGUCAUGACUGGAGCUGGACACUACAAAAACUACUCUAAGAAUAAAGACACUUGCUGCAAAGAUACUUUUCAAGCCGAAGGCAGAUCAGUGGAAAAUUGGCCCAAGGGUGAUUCAACUAUGCAAAUAUGGCGCUGCGAUGGCCCACAACAGCCGCAACCGAUAAAUUAUGAUCCAUACAAAAUUAGAUCACCAGAAGUUGUAGUGCCGCCACUUCCGCCUAGUAAUGCAAAGCCCAUGUUAGAAUGCGCUCGCACCAAGGGUCCGUGCUCAGUGAAACCAGUUGCAGAUCCACCGCCUUGUCCUCCACCUCCUCCGCCACCAUUCCCUUGGAUUUAUGUGUGGGGUUUGGCUUCAUUCUUCGGCCUUAUGGGAUUGAUAUACAAGUUAUAUCUGUGGAAUGAAGCUCGCAUCAAACUAGGAGAGAAUGUUCCAGUUUGGCGUCCCCGUCGCAUGAUAAAGCGUCCUUUUCACCACAAAGAUUUACCGCCUUGUGUACAGUACCUGAUUAUUGGGGCUGGAGCAGCUGCCUGGGCGGCUUAUAGGUCCAUCAUAGAACAUGACAAGAAAGCGAAGGUGUUCUUUAUAUCCAAAGAAGACUGUCUGCCCUACGAUCGGCCUCCGAUGUCGAAGCACAUGUGGUGGAAUCCGGACCCGCCGGAUAUCGACAAACUUAAUUACAUGCAGAACUGGAAACAAAAGACCAUGUAUCUAUCGGAAUGCCACAAAUUCAUGGAUCCGGUGAAAUUCUAUCGCACGGAGACCGGACCAGCGGUCUCCAUCGCGACCGGCUGGUGUGUACAGCGUGUUGACGCUGACUACCACGUCGCCUGGGUGAAGACCCUGUGUGGAGAACAGCCUAUUUACUACGAGCGGUGUCUUCUAGCACCAGGUUCAAAACCGAAGCAACUGUCCAUGUUCAAAUCGGCCCCGAAACCGGUACGUGACCGUGUUUGCACACUACGCACCAUCAGGGACUUGGAGAUAGCGUAUCGAAGCGUUAAGGCGGCAAAACACGUUGUAAUCAUAGGUGGCGGUUCUCUUGGAUGUGAAUUGGCUUGGCAUUUGGGUAGGAUGAAUAAAAUGGAGAAGGAGGUGGAUCCGGAAAAGCAGCCGCUGGAGAUAGUGCACAUAUACAAGGACAAGGGAAUCAUGGCCGGCGUGUUGCCCGAGUACCUCGGCGAGUGGGCCGCAGAGAAGAUUAAGAACGAGGGUGUCACUGUUAAACCUAAGACUCAAGUCUACGAUGCUUUCCAGUCUCCGGACGGUAGGCUGGAGCUGACACUUUCUGAUGGAUCCUCUCUUGUCACCGAUUAUGCUUUCGUGGCAGUGGGUGCUGAACCUCGCGUGGAGUUGGCGGAGCCCUCGGAAUUGGAGCUGGAUGACGUAAAUGGCGGAUUCCUGGUCAACACCGAGCUGGAGGCGAGGACUCAUCUUUAUGUGGCUGGAGACGCGGCCAGCUUCUACUCGCAGUGGAAGGACACUCGGCUGCGCCUGGAACACUACCUGAACGCGCAGGAGCUGGGCCACGUGGCGGGCUCCAAUAUGACCGGCUACUGGCAGGCUUGCAACAUAGAGCCACACUUCUGGUUGCGCUUCGAGGACGAACUGCAGGUGGAGGUGGUAGGCGAAGUAGGAGCGUGCAUGCCUACGAUUGGUAUAUUCAAGCAGUGCACUACCGAGGAGAUGGCGAAGAAAACUCAGGCCGUUGAAAGUGCAAGCGGUGAACGACCAUGUUACAAAAAGACCGACGAAUACAAGAACAGAUACAAACGCGGAAUGUUAAUGUAUCUGCGCGACGAGACAGUGGUGGGGUUUGUCUUCUGGAACAUGCCUCCCAUUGAAGACCGGAGCGCCGUUGCCACUGAGAUAUUGCGGGCGAAACCCUCGUACAAGGACAUCGAUCUGCUGGCCGAGUUGCUUGGCUUUGUGGACACCAAGUGCGUGUACAUGAAAGAGGAGGAACUGGUGGAACCGGGACCUUGUAUAAAGAAUUGGAGAACAUUUUAA